AUGGGACGACGAGGUGCUAGUGGCGGGUUGGCCCUGCUGGUGACAAUUGCCACCCUUGGGCCCUUCGUGGUGGCUCAGUGCCCCUGGCAGCGGGAGGUGCCCGAUCUGCAGAACUCGUGCUUAUGUGCCUACAACCUCGGACAGGAGCUGUCCGUUCAAUGUGAUCAAGUGGACUUUCCUGUGUUAGUCGAAGCCUUAGACAAGUACGCGCGGUCGACACCGCUCGAUCUGCUGUACGUGAACAACUCGACGGUCGAGCAGCUCGAGGGCGGCCUGUUCGUCAAUCUGAAGCUGCACAACGUGCAGUUGAGCAGCUGCAAGGUGCGGCGCAUCGACGAGAAGGCAUUCCAGGGUCAGGAGGCGGUACUGAAGAACCUCAACCUGCAGGAUAACUUGCUUGAGGAGGUGCCAAUUCGGGCGCUUAAGCCACUCACCAUCCUGAACCUGCUGGAUUUGUCCAAGAACCGGCUGCAGAGCGUGCCGAACGAUGCGUUUGCUGGGUUGCGCAAGUUGUCUACGCUCAAGCUGUCUGACAACAACGUUACACUGGCUCCGUUUGCAUUCCGAGGGCUAGAGGCGAGCCUUAAGAACCUCAAUCUGAAGGGUACGAAGCAGAAGCGCGUCCCGGAUGCGGUUCGAGGGCUAAGGACGCUUGCCUUUCUCGAUCUGUCACAGAACGGCAUUCGCGAGUUACCCGGUGGAGCCGGUGUCAAGUCGUUUGACGGGUUGGACGCACUGACAGCGUUAAACCUCGAGCGCAAUCUGAUCCAAAGCCUCGGUGAGACGGCGUUCUCGGGUGUUCGAAAAACCCUCAGCUCGCUUAGUUUGCUUAACAACUUGAUGGCGGAGUUCCCCGUCGGUGCGAUACAUUCGCUGCGUGAGUUGCGUGUCCUGGACAUCGGAUUUAAUCUUCUCACAGCUCUUCCCGAAACGGCAUUCCGAGGCAACCCGGCCGUUACGCUACUCGCUCUCGACGGUAACCCGCUGCCAACGGUGCCUGAACGUGCUCUGGCACAUCUCAACCGUACACUGCGCGGAUUGUCACUAGGUGGUCGCUUUCUACACUGCGAUUGCAAGCUGCGAUGGGUCGCCGAAUGGAUCCGCAACGGAGACCUCCAGGUUACUUCGCGCGAACGAAACCCACAGUUCUGCGGCUCACCCAAUCGCUUCCGGGAUCGCGGAUUCUACUCCAUUCAACCGGAGGAGCUCAACUGCCCCGAGUCCGAGGUAGCACUCGAAGGUCCUGUCGGAGUCGUCGAGUCCUUGCUUCCCAAAACGACCACUCUCCGCACGACUAGCGUUUCUACAACGGCAUCGACAACACUCUCCACGCAACCGACCACCCUAGCCGGUACAACGAAUGCGACGAUCGCUGCCACAUCACCACCGACAACCACACAACAACAGCAAGGAUCUUCAACAAUCGCGGGCGAGAUCUCGUCGGCUUCAAACGGCACCACAGCUCAAAGCACCAGUAGCAGCACCACGCUAACCACAACGAGCCCUUCGACAACGAAACAAUCGACUACGGCGGCCACGGCGGCUGCUCAAGCAACGACAACAACCACCUCGAAAACGCCAGCCACGAAAAACUGGCGCACAAAUGCCAGCAGCAACAACUCGCCACCGCAUAAGCAACGACCACCGCUAGUCCUCGGUUUUCCACCUCAGCGUGGCACUCAGGUCGACGACUCUAAGGAGGUGCAGGUGAAGAACGCCUUCAGCUCGCGCCAGGACAACUCGGUCAUCAUCCAGUGGGACUCGGAUACGGCCAACAUACUCGGCUUCCGUGUGGUCUAUCGCCUGUUUGGCGAUAAGAGCUUCAAGCAGGGGCCGCCGCUCGAAGCGAGCGAGCGUGAGUUCAAGAUCAAGAACGUACCGUCGGCCGAGUGCAUUAUCGUGUGCGUUGUGUCACUCGAAGAGAUUAACGUUACGCCCGACACCGUGCCUUACACCCAGUGCCGGGAGGUGCGAACCGUGGCCUCACCGGCUUCAAACAUGGAUAAGAUCACGAUCGCGGCCAGUGCUGCCAUCUGUGGUACGAUCAUCGUCGCGGUGAUUGUGUUUAUCGCCGCCAGCAGGAUUCUUUUCAGAAGACGCUCGAAGAAACUGCAGUCCCUCUCGCAGCAGAAGAGUGCCCUACCGAUUGCUGGCCUGCCCGUGAACUGCUGCGGCCCAACACCCAGCCCGAACGGGCCGCUCGGAUCGCUGGCCACGCUGUCCGCGUUCAACUCGCACAAGCAGGACUGGGACCAGGUGUCGGCGUACAGUGGCCGUUCGAUACCGCGGCCGCGCAUCUACCCGAUGGAAAACCAAGCCAUCCCGGACGACCUCCGCAGCCACGUGUCGCACUUUUCAGCCGUUGGUGGUGGAGGCGUCCCGAAGGUGGGAAAAGCACGCUCAAUCGCUGACGGACAGUCGCACCACAGCUUCUCGAAUCACUCGCAGCGUGGAUACCUCGGAUCGGCCUUCCCGAGCAAUUUAGUCAACUCGCGACCAGAACUAAGGCAGUCCCGCCAAUCGCUGGCAGCAGCCUCGGAGCGCAUGUCCCGGGCAUCAUACGCGGGCUCGAUCGUACAUGGACCAGCCCACAGUAUUGCAUCCAGCACGAGGCGUACACGACCGAGGUCUCGUUCUCGUGAUCAGCUGAGUGCGGCACAUAUCCACACACAUCAGCAUCGUCCCGGAAGCCGCUACUCCACCGCCGGUUCGACGCACACGCUCAACAACUACUGCGACACGUCCGACAACUGGACCGAUCACGAUAUGGACAUCUACAUGGCGCGCAAUCCGACGGCCCGCAACGGCAUGGUGCCGUUAUGA